AUGGCAGCUCUCACUCUCACAGACGAGCAGGUCGCUCAUUUCGACCGGGAAGGAUUCCUCGUCCUCAGAUCACAUGAGCAUGGCCUGAUCGAUCCAACAGUUCUUCAGCAAUGGACAGACGAAGUCCGGAAUCUGCCAAGAGAGAACGGGAAAUGGAUGCCGUACGACGAGAUCACUGCGACCGGCGAAAGACAACUCAUGAGGACCGAGAACUUUGUUGACUAUCAUGAAGGUUUCACCUCGCUGCUGCAUGGCGAGGCGCUUGCGAGUAUUUUGAAGCAAGUCACUCGCGACGACAUGCUUCUGUUCAAGGACAAGAUCAACUACAAACUCGCUGGCGGGAAUGGCUUUGGUGCUCACCUUGAUGCGCCAGCAUAUGACCACAUCGGCGAGAUCGAGCACACAACUGCAAAUCUGGCCGUCGAUCCGGCAACCAUCGAGAACGGCUGUGUGGAAGUUGUUCGAGGGUCGCAUAAGAUGAACGUAGAGCUGGCAGAAGGAGGCCGGAUCUCAAAGGCAUGGGAGACCUCCCAAGACUGGACCCCGGUGGUAUUGGAAAGUGGCGAUCUCUUGAUCUUCGGUUCUCAUCUGGCACAUCGAUCUGCGGCGAACAAGAGCGACAAGGCGAGGGCUAGCGUAUAUGCAACGUAUCAUACCAAGACCGAUGGGAUGGACCUGAGGUCGAGAUACUAUGUCGAUCGACGGGAGAACUUCCCGCCUGAUCAUGAGCGAGUUCCCGGCAAGGACUAUGGUGCUGGUGUCAAGCGAUACGCGUUUGCUGCACCUUUCACAAAGGUUGAGGAGGUGGCAGUUCAGCCACAGCAGGUGGCAUAG